AUGAAAUCUGAUAAGUCAUCAAAUAUGGCGUGUUAUUUUAUUAUCUUAUCUUAUCUAUUUCUAUUAAUCUAUUCAAAAGAUAUUGAAAGUAUUUAUGAUAGUGGUAUUGGUGGUGGUUUGAAUAAUGGUUUUGGUAAUGGUUUUGAUUAUGAACGAUAUGAUACAAAUAAUGAUACAGCUUACAAAGCAGCAAACUUUUGUCUUGGAUAUUAUAAUAAACAAUAUAAUGUAUCAUAUAAACUUACUGAUAUAAAAUUUGCUAUAAAUGAAACACUCGAAUCUAAUUCAAAUAUUAAUUUAAUGUUAAUAGCAAAAAAUAAUAGUAAAGGCGAUUAUGAGUUUCAAGCUAUUUACAAAACUGGUAAUAAUAGUAAACCAGUAUGCAAUAUCGUAAACAAUGGUCCAUUUGAGGACAUUAUACUUCCUUCACAACCUUCAAAUGGCACUAUUGGAACUAUCAAACCGGCUACAACAACCAAAAGACCAACCAGAACAACAACCAAAAAACCAAGCAAAAAACCAACCCAAAAAUCAACCAAAAAACCAAACACAAAAACAACCAAAAAAGCAAACAAAAAACCAUCCAAAAAGACAACCAAAAAACCGAAAGGAAAAGGUAAUAAUAAAGGUAAAGGUAAAGGUAAAGAUAAAGGUAAAGGUAAAGGAAAAGGAAAAAAAAAAGAUAAAAAAAAUUCAAAAAAUUCAAAUAAAAGAGAAUAA